ACACCCCCAACAAAUUCACAUCCAGAGAGAGAGAGAGAGCGCUAAGUGAAAGAACAGAAAGAGAGAUGACAGUUUUGAACACCAAUAGCUUGCUUUUGGCUGUCUUUGCCAUCCUUGGGAUUCUGAUGUCCAAUAACAACGGCAACAUGGUUGCUGUCCAAGCUUGCAUAAGUGAUCUGCAGGCGUUGAAAACUUACUGUGCUAUUUUCCUUGAAAAGAAUAUGGCAAAGUCGAAGCCGUCUCCAAUGUGCUGCAGUGUUUUCAUGACUAUGAACGUUGUAUGCACGUGCAAGCAUAUCACCAAGGAAGUCGAGCAGGUGGUUGACAUGGAGAAAUUUUUCUAUGCAGCAAAGUACUGUGGCAUGCCACUCCUCGCGGGGACCCAGUGUGGAAGUUUCUCAGUUCCCCCAUGAAGCUGGAUGAUCAAGACCAUCAUGUAGUGCUGUCUGCAAAUCAUGUCUAACUUAUGUGUUGUUAUGCAAGCUGCAGAAGUACGUAGAUCAAUAAAUUUGGCUGGAUAGCCUAUGCUUCAAGCUGGUCGUUGUAAUUGUUGUAUCACUAAGGACAAGUUAUACUAUCCUUACUAAUAAAAAUUACUUGAAGUAAAUAAACAUCCAUCCAAUUCUAUG